AUGUUAAUUAGAAAGAAAAAGAAAAGAAAGAAAAGAAAGAAAAGAAAAGAAAAGAAAAGAAAAGAAAGAAAAGAAAAGAAGAAGAAAAAGAAAAAGAAGAAGAAAAAGAAGAAAAAAGAAGAAGAAAAAGAAGAAGAGAAGAAGAAGAAAGAAGAAAAAGAAGAAGAAAAAGAGGGGGUAAUUAGAUAA